AUGUCCGAAUCCCAGCCCGCCCAAGCUCCCGGAGCGCAAGGCCAAGGCCGGGGCGGCCGUCGACGAGGCCGCGGAGGAGGCUUUGGAGCUGCUCGCCAACCGGGACACACCGAUGGUCACCAUCACCAUUCUCAUGAUGGCGCUGGAAGGGGUGCAAGAUCUAGGGGCCAGGGACCCCGUCGCGGAGGCGGCGGCGGAGGACGGGACAAGCAGAAUCGCUCGGGGAACAAGUCGGAGGCUGCUGCUGAAGGUGGACAGGGUGAUGCGAAUGUUCCGACAGUGUCAGAAGGCAAAGGAAAGCAGCCUGUCACGACAGAAGAGUCUGAUGAUGACGAUGACGGCGAAGUCUGCUUCAUUUGUGCUUCGAAGGUCGACCACACCUCGGUCUCGCCGUGUAAUCACCGGACUUGUCAUAUUUGUGCGCUGAGAUUGAGGGCCUUGUAUAAGAAUAAAGCUUGUGCUCAUUGUCGAACGGAAUCCAACUAUGUUAUCUUCACGGAUGACCAUGCCAAGCGCUAUGAGGAUUUCAAGGACUCCGAUUUCUCGCAGAUGGACGAAAACCUAGGGAUCAAGUACGAGAACAACGAUAUCUUCGAAGACACAGUACUGUUGUUGCGGUACAAUUGCCCGGAUAGAGGUUGUGAUGUAGCUUGCUUGGGAUGGCCUGACCUUCAUCGUCACGUCAAAAGCAAGCAUGGCAGGGUGAUGUGUGAUCUUUGCACACGGAACAAGAAAGUGUUCACGCACGAACAUGAGCUCUUCACCAAUGCAGAGUUGCGCAAGCACGAGAAGCAUGGAGAUGACGUGCCUGGUGCCAUAGACCAGAGUGGAUUCAGAGGUCAUCCUGAGUGUGGUUUCUGCCGGCAACGGUUUUAUGGCGAUGACGAAUUAUACGCCCAUUGUCGUGACCGUCACGAAAGAUGCCACAUUUGUGACCGUCGCUCCGGCGGCCGCCAACAACAGUACUACAUCGACUACAACGCUCUCGAAGACCACUUCCAGAAAGACCACUUCCUCUGUCUCGACCGCGAGUGUCUCGAGAAGAAGUUCGUCGUCUUCGAGUCCCAGAUGGAUCUCAAGGCACAUCAACUUGAGUGUCAUCCCAACGGCCUUUCUAAGGACGCCAGACGUGACGCUCGCACCGUUGACUUGUCAACCUUUGAUUACAGAACUCCUUACCAACCUCAGCGCCAGCGUCGGGGUGCUGGUCGUGGACGCGAUCCUAACGCGGAGCCUUUGCCUGUCUCCAGCGCUCAGCCCUUGAGAAGAGACGAGGUUGCUUAUCAACGCCAAAUGGCCAUCCAGAGUGCCCAAUCCGUCUCGACCCGCAGCUUCGGCGGCCAACUAACACGCAACGACACUCAGCCUGUGCGUGCUCCGGCUCGUCCUACACCCACCCAGACCCCUCCCGCAUCCACUCCAGUUGCCGAGAUGGAGAACCUCAACCUCAGCGCAGACUCGGCCUCCGUUACUCCUCAAGAGAAAGCCCGCCGUCUCCGCCAUGCAGCCGUCGUUGAAAGAGCCUCGAACCUCCUAGGCAACGACCAGAACAAGCUCAAGGAAUUCCGUGCCCGAGUUUCCAGCUACCGCACCUCCUCCAUUUCCGCCACUGAACUCAUUGACGCCUUCUUUUCACUCUUCGAUACCUCCAGCACCGAACUGGGCAAACUCAUUAAAGAGCUCGCCGAGAUUUACGAAGACGAAGGCAAGCGCAACGCGCUCCUCAAAGCCUGGAACGACUGGCGUGCCAUCAAUGAAGACUACCCGGCUCUGCCCGGCCCCGGCGGUAUGCUCCCUGGCAUGUCCCCAGGAACCGUGAACGGCAGCGGAGCGGGCGGAAAGCGUGUCCUGCGCCUCAAAUCCUCAACAGCCCAGUCUUCCCGUUCCUACGUCGGCAGAAGCGGCGCCAUGCCUUCUUCAUCCACCUCUUCCGCCGCCAACCCCUUCCCUCCUCUCUCCUCAACCACCGCCCGCUCUACCCCCCGAACCUCCAAGCCCGCCGCCACUACCCCCUGGGGCGCCGCCGCCGCUGCAGCUCCCUCAGCUCCUACUUCUGCCUUCAGCAGCGCUACCUCUUCCCGCUCCGCCUCGCGCGCCCCGGCCCGCCCAGUCAACGCCACCAGCUCCGAAGCCUUCCCUGCUCUCCCUGCUGCUCCCAAGCCUAACGUGCUCAUGGCAGGUCUGACUCGCGGCACCGUCCGCUGGGAAGAUCGUAACAAGCCAACCGCGAACGCCUGGGCUUCUCGGAACGACGCCGGUGCUAGCUCGUCCAAUGCAGAGGAUGACUUCCCCGAGUUCCCUGCCGGUGGCAAGAAGGGCAAGAACAAGAAGGGGAAGCAGACUCUGUUCCACUUCGGAUGA